AUGAUCUACCGGCGGUGGGGUGGGAAGGGGCAGUUUCCCACACAACCGGCGGAGACAACCCCGCAGCCGCCUUCGCCGGAGGAGGAGCGGCGGAGUGGGCAGCAGCAGGGUCGCCUAGCAGCCCCCGCCCCUCACAGUGCGGCUCCUCACGGGGCGGGCGGUGCCAGGACGGAGAACGACUGCGUGGUGCGGGGCGGUGGUGUUCCCGACGGGAGUGCUCGGCCGAGUGUGGGUGAGGGAUCGCGCGGGUUGCCGGCAUGUCGGCACCCACGGUGCGCCCAGCCCUGCGUGUCGCCGCGGCUGCUGCCCUGCCCGCACUCGCUGUGCGAGCCCUGCCUGCGGCGGCUCGAGCCACCGGAGGGACUGCCGGGCGCCACUCGCCCCGUCCUGUGUCCGGUGUGCGACGCCGAGGUGUCGCUGCCGGCCGGCGGCGUGGGGCAGCUCCCCCGCAACUGCCUGGCCGGGAGCCGCGCCAGGGCCGCGGCCGGGUGCGACCUCUGCGCUGACGGGGCGGCGGCCGGGCGGUGCCUGACCUGCGGCGUCUGCCUAUGCCGCUUCUGCUGCCGGGCGCACAGGAGACAGAAGAAAACGGCCUUCCAUGCUGCGACAGAGCUGGAGGACACCAAGGAUUGCAGCCGGGCCGGGAAGCCUCUCCUGUGCCCCUCCCAUCCUACAGAGGAGCUCCAGCUGUUCUGCGAGCAGUGUGACCAGCCCGUGUACUGGGAGUGCAUUCUGGGCAGACACGGUCAGCACCCCUGUGAUUUCAUCAGCAAUGUCACCCACAAGCACAGAGAUGCCCUGCGGGAGCUGCUAAAGAGCAGCCAGCAGCACAUGAAUACCCUGGAGGAUGUGCUGAGCCAGGUUGAUGAGAUGGGCAGUGCUGUCUACAGUCAAGCAGAGGCUGUGGCCGCAGAGAUCUGCCUGUUUGCCAGGGGCUACGUGAAAGCAAUUGAAGAGCACUGAGACCGGCUGCUGAAGCAGCUGGAGGACUUGAAGGUGCAGAAAGAAAACCUGCUGCACUUGCAGAAGGCCCAGCUGCAGCAGCUGCUGCUGGACAUGAGGACAGGUGUGGAGUUCACAGAGCACUUGCUGAUGAGCAGAUCAGAUGUGGAGAUCCUCCUCACCGAAGGGGUGGUGUCCAGCCGUCUGAGAAAGCUCAACAACACUGCUUACAGCAUCCACCCUAGUGUGGAUGACAGGAUCCAGUUCUCUCCUCAGGAGAAUGCAGGGCAGUGUUGUGGCUAUGAAGUUUUUGGGGCCAUUCUCAAUGAAGUGGUUGAUCCAGCCAGAUGUACCCUGCAUGGGGAAGAUCUCCACAAUGCCCGUCAGAACCAGCUAAGCAGCUUUACCCUGCUGUGCAAGGACACUACAGGGGAGUGCAUGGGCGGAGAGGCUGUGUGGGUCACCAUCACCCACAAGGACAAGAGGACUACUGGGUAUUUCACUCAAGAAAUCCCUGUCAAGCCAACAGUGUUUGAUAAUGGUGAUGGGACCUAUUGUAUUUCCUACAGCCCUGAGGAGCCAGGCUUGUAUGCUGUCUGCGUCUGUGUGAAAGGGCAGCAUGUACAGGGCUCUCCCUUUACUCUGAUGGUGAAGCACAAAUUCCGUGAGCACUAGCGGGUGUUUCACUGCUGCACAUUCUGUUCCAGUGGAGGCCAGAAAUCCGCUCACUGUGCCUGUGGUGCGACCAUGCCAGGUGGGUACCAAGGCUAUGGCCACGGACACAAAGGUCACCCUGGCUGCUACCACUGGUCGUGCUGUGGACAAGUGAGGGAGAGCUCAGAGUGUUUGUGUGUGUCACCCAGCAACACCUCACAGAGAAGUUUGCUCAGGACAGUGGCACUCUGA